AUGUGCCACCGUGUGUGCUCGCCCGUUCAUGCCUUCCCAUUCACCUGGGGGCUGGCAGUUGGCAGUUGGCACUACGACGGAGUGGCCAAGCUCAGCGAGAUUGCUACAGGGCCCCUGGUGUCGACAGAGCUGGGGCGUGUCCUUAUAGAGACCUCGAGCACACACAAGACGCUCAAUGACAGCCUGGAAGAAAACUUCAAAAAAUUCCACCAGGAGAUCAUCGAGCUGGAGAAGAAGACGGAAUUGGAUGUAAAGUACAUGAGCGCAACAUGGAAGCAAUACCAAACAGAGCACAGGAGCAAGCCGGACUCCUUGGAGACAUCGCAGGCUGAGCUGCAGAAGAUCCGGAGGAAGAGCCGUGCACGGAACACACUCAAGUACGAGCACAAGCAGACGGAGUACGUGGAAACCGUCAUUUCUCGUCAGAUGGAAAUCCAGAAGUUCAUCGCUGACGGCUGCAAGGGUGCCCUGCUUGAAGAGAAGAGACGCUUCUGCUUCCUGAUUGACAAGCACUGCGGGUUUGCAGGCCACAUGCAUCACCUCCAGUCUGCAGAGUUGCUCAGUGCCAAGCUGCCCUGGUGGCAGGAGACAUGUGGUGAUGCCACCACGGUGCCAGACAAGAUCAUGAACAUGCGAGAAGAGAUCAAGACGCCGCGCUCACCCGUGUCCGGGAUGCCUCGGCCCUCGCCAAUGGUCCAGAGAAGCAACGUGGUUGGGAAAGAUGAUGACACCCUUUCUAAAUAGUCACCAAAGAUGACCCCAGCCAAUUCCACUAAAGCCUACAGCGGUCCCCUGAUCGAUAUGUUUAAUAACCCAGCAACCGUGGCCCAGAAUUCAGAAAGGACAAACAGUUCAACGGAGCCGCCUGAGGACCCGAGUCUCCAGUGCUCGGUGUCCGUGGCCACGGGCCUGAACCUGAUAAAGAAGCAGAAGGUGAGGGCCAUUGUCGCCCAUGCCGACGGCGGGAACAAGACCCUGCUCAGCUUUGCCAAGGGGGCCGGCAUCACGCUGCUCAUCCCCGAGGAGAAGGACGGCUGGCUCUGUGGGGAGCUGGAUGCCACCAAGGUGAGAGGCUGGUUCCCGUCGUCGUACACACAGGUGCUGGAGGGGAACGCAGAGGAAGCAGCCGCCCCGCCUGUGCCAAGCCCUGUGCCCGUGCGGAGCGUCAGCACCGUGAACCUGGCUGAGCAGAGCCAGGUCUUCUUCCCUCCGCCAGAUUACCAAGACUGUCUCUCCACGGGGGCGGCUGCAGACAAGAGAGGAGAGGCUCCCACACAGACCUCGACCUUCAGAGUGACAGCGCCCAAGCCAGGAGCCGUGUCUCCUAAUGAUGCCAACGGGAUGGCAAAGCCCCCGUUCCUAAGCGGAGAGAACCCCUUUGCUACCGUGAAGCUGUGCCCGAUGGUGACCAACGACCGGUCUGCUCCCAUCAUCCGGUGA